CGACCGGACCCCCUCGGGACCCUCCCCCGGACAUGGAGAGGAAGAGCCGGGCCUCGGGGAGGGCUGCCCCCGGCCCCCCGCCCCAAGACCCUCCAGCCGCCGCGGGCCCCCAGGACCGCCCCCAGGACCGGCCGCAGGACCGGCUCCAGGAGGAGCUGCAGGAGGAGCUGCAGGAAAUGCAGCAGCUGCAGGAGGGGCAGGGCGGGGAGGACGAGGAGGAGGAGGGGGCUUCGGGGCGGGGAGUCCGUCCGUCGGGGUCGGGGUCCCGGGGAGGUGAUCCAGCGCGCCCAGGACUUCAAGAGCCAAGGGGCGCAGUGCUACAAAGACAAGAAAUUCCGCGAGGCCAUCGGCAAGUACCACCGCGCCCUCCUGGAGCUCAAGGGCCUGCCCGCCCACCCCCGGACCCCCGCCCUCGCCCACCAUCAGGCCCAGCUCGUCGAAGCAAUAGAGGUCGACUGCUACAACAGCCUGGCAGCCUGCCUGCUCCAGGCUGAGUUGGUGAACUACGAGCGAGUCAAAGAUUACUGCCUCAAAGUCCUCAAGAAGGAAGGCGAGAACUUCAAGGCGCUCUAUCGGUCCGGAGUGGCUUUCUACCACCUUGGUGAUUUCGACAAGGCCCUCCACUACCUGAAGGAAGCCAGGUACCGUCAGCCCACAGACACCAACGUCAUCCGGUACAUCCAGUUGACAGAAAUGAAGCUCAGCAGAUGUUCCCAGAGAGAGAAAGAAGCCUCCUAACAAGGAAUCCGCCUCCGUAGAAGAACCUACAGUUGCCCUUGCUGUCCCUGGGUCCCAGCGGUGGGAGGGCAGGGGAAGGCUGGGGGUGGGGGGGAUCAUCACCCAGGGUUUGCCCUCCCUCCCCCGCCACCCCUACUUCUCCCUCCUGUUCUCCGACUCCCCUCUUAGUGUGCUCACCUUGCCGAAAGAGAGAGAGCGAGAGGCGGAGAGCUGGAAGCUGGCCAGUGGCCAGCCCAAGGGGCAAGCUGGGCCAAUGAAAAGUCCUGGGUCGGAGAACUUGGGCCCAGGGGACUGGUGGGGUCCUGGUACACACACACACACACACACCCCGAACCAUAAAGACUCCUGGGCCUGUAGUGGCAGACCCCUUGGUGGGCCGGUUCAAACGGGAGUGGCAGAAACGUGGGACGCGGGGAAGUUUAGGGCACCUCCGAGAAGGUCACGGAACCGGCCCCCCUCUCCUUCCCUCUCUUCGGCUCCCGCCCCUUCCAUCCCCUCGCCCCCACCGUUGCCCGCAUCCUGAGCCUGCUGGUAGCCCAUGUCCUCCAGCACCCCGAAGCCCACCCUCCCCACCAUCCCGUCCCUGUGAGCCUCAGCCUUGGUCGGGGGAGGGGGAGAGGGAGCUGGGUAGGGGG